AUGCUCACCCUCAAACAAAAGGCAACAAGUGUGGCCAGGUGCUUGUCAGCCUACGCCCCGCAUCCUUUCACUGGACAUGUCGGGCCGGCGCAGGGCUGCAGGGCGUGGAGCAUCCCCGCCGUCGACGUCGUUGCGGCCUGCCGGCUGGGCCAAGACUUCGUCGCGACUUCUAGCAACCCGUGGACGAGUGAGGCGCAUUGGGAACUCGCCUGGUGGCGCCCCAAGUCUUCGAACCGCACCCUGGCCCUCCCCCAGCGUCAUGGCAGAAAUGCGGAGAACAGGCGACCGCCAGUGGGACCAAACACCUUGUUAUCCCGUCAGACCUGUGUUACUGGCCGCGCCCGUUUAACAAACCCCCUUUAUAUCGUCUGCUGUCGCCUCUACCAUGCUAUCCAUUCUGAGAGCGCAUAUGGAAGUGUCUUGAGCCUGACAUCACUUUUGCGCGCUGCUGCCUCGGCAUCCGGCAUCCGUACAUCGAAAACUCUGUUUGCCAUGAGUCCAAUUCCCGACGUUGACUGGCAUCGUGGGGAAGUCGUCCAGAAACCGGAGAAUGGAGAGGACCUCGUGCUGGAGGCAUGGGCCCAAGGCUUCUUGGUGGGCUCGCUGGUCAUCAUGUCCUUCAUCACACUGGCCAACAUGAGACGGGGUGUUCUCCUCCACAAGUUGAUUUUGCUCGAGUUGAUUCUUGGUCUGUGGCAGGGCUUUUGGCUAUUUUUUCGAUCACCAAUCCAUGCAUGGUGGCUCUCCGUCGCAGCCAUCUUUCUGAACGCUUCCUGGUCGCUCCACAACGUCAUUGCCUGGAUGAAAAUGAAGCCCUUUCUUUCCAGAAGGGUCAGCCUCGUCUUCAUCGGCACCGUCAUUCUCGCACAGCCCUAUUGGGUCUUGGAGAUUUAUGCCAAUUUCGCCUACUUCCACGGUGUAAACAAACUCUUCCUGCAGACGCGGCCGUGGGAAGCCUUGUGCCGCGAUCCAUGGUGGAUAUUGACGACCAUGUAUCUAUUCUGGGUCAUCAAGACGCAGUACGAAAUGACCAUCCAGGAGAUUGUACGCAUUUCUCCCCGGUUUGGCAUUAUGCUAUUGGCCAUGCUCUUGAGCAUCAUCUUCAUCGUCCUCGACAUCCUCGCCGUCACAGGCACCUUGAAGCUUCCAGGCGCCACAGGCAUCAACCCCUUUUGGAAAUUCGCAUUCGUCUUCAAGUGUCUCACCGACUCGGUUGUACUGGACGACUUCAAAAUGGCGCUAGAUCGCCUACGGGCCUUCAAGAUCAGCCGACUAGGCAGCUUCUCGGGAGACUUGAGCGAUAGCCGCAGUCGCAACGACGGAGGUCUUGUAGCGACCUGGGAAGAAAUGGAACGCGAAGCCAAUGCACUGCAACAAGUCCGCAGUCCCGACGGCGACUACAUCCAUCCCAGCAACUUCCCCUUUAAACCCAAACGGGCACAUCGAGCGCACAAGGACUCGGUCAUCACACCCGAUACCAUGUACCUUUUCGACGCGAAUCUAGGACGUGAUCCUGAAGAUAUAGUGCCUAGUGCACUUGCUGAUGUACCUCCACCACCACCACCACCACCAGCAAAUGACAUUCACCCUGCGCAAAAGCUGCAAUCCAUAGAAGACUCGGAUAGCCACAAGUCGCGGGACAUGGUUGCGGAGAAUGAUUAUGCAGAAGCAAUGAGGGACAUGCAACGGCAUAGUGUUUCGACACCCCGUCGAACAAGUAACCAACCGCAUGAGCAUUGA